AGGCGCAGCAGGCACCGCCGCGCCGCACCUGCCGCUAACAGGGACCAGCCGACAAGCUGCCGCCGCCGUGGCGUUGUUGUUCCCUUGCCGAAAGUUGCGCUGCGAGCGAUCCAGCUUUCGGCUAUCCGGAUGCGCUCGGAGGAAUCAGCAGCAGGAGCCACCGCCGCGUCACCUUCGACAGGCUUGCUCCGUCUUGGGACGGCGCACCGGGGUCUCCCGCGGCAGAAAGGGCGAGACGAUCCGGAUCCCGAGAUGGAAGCCCCGCACCUCGAACUGCUGGAGUCCCCGGAGGGCUGUCCCUCCCCUCUGGAGCUCAAGUCUGCCCCCAGUAAGAAGAUGUGGGUCAAGCUCCGAGCACUGUUGCGGUAUAUGGUGAAACAGCUGGAGACAGGAGAGGUGAAUAUUGAGGAGCUGAAGAAGAAUUUGGAAUAUACAGCUUCUUUGCUUGAAGCAGUUUAUAUUGAUGAGACCAGGAAGAUUCUGGACACGGAAGAUGAACUCCAAGAGAUCAAAUCUGAUGCGGUACCUUCUGAAGUGCGAGACUGGCUGGCCUCCACUUUCACCCAGCAGACCCGGUCCAAGGGGCGCCGUUCAGAGGAGAAACCCAAGUUUCGCAGCAUUGUGCAUGCUGUUCAAGCUGGCAUCUUCGUGGAAAGGAUGUUCCGCCGAACGUACACAGCUGUGGGACCCAAUUAUUCUCAAUCGGUCAUCAAUUGUCUGAAGACUCUUGACCUCUGGUUUUUCGAUGUCUUUGCACUGAACAGAGUGAGUGAAGACCAUGCCUUGCGCACGAUUGUCUUUGAACUGCUCACCCGCCACAAUCUCAACAGCCGCUUCAAGAUCCCCACGGUGUACCUCAUGACUUUCCUGGAUGCACUGGAGGCUGGUUAUGGGAAAUAUAAGAACCCUUAUCACAAUCAGAUACAUGCUGCUGAUGUUACCCAGACUGUACAUUGCUUCCUGCUUCGCACCGGCAUGGUGCACUGCCUGACAGAGAUUGAGGCCCUGGCCAUUAUCUUUGCAGCUGCAAUCCAUGACUAUGAGCACACGGGUACCACCAACAGCUUCCACAUCCAGACCAAGUCAGAUACAGCCAUUUUGUACAACGACCGGUCAGUUCUGGAGAACCACCACAUCAGUGCCGUCUUCCGCAUGAUGCAGGAUGAGGAGAUGAACGUACUGGUUAACCUGGCCAAGGAUGAAUUUGUGGAGCUCCGGUCACUGGUGAUUGAAAUGGUUCUGGCUACAGACAUGUCCUGUCACUUCCAGCAAGUCAAGUCCAUGAAAACUUCCCUGCAGCAGUUGGAACGGAUCGACAAAUCAAAAGCCCUUUCCUUGUUGCUGCAUGCAGCUGAUAUCAGCCACCCCACCAAACAAUGGCCGGUGCACUGCAAAUGGACCAAAGCUCUCAUGGAAGAGUUCUUCCGCCAGGGAGACAAGGAAGCUGAGCUGGGAUUGCCUUUUUCCCCAUUGUGUGAUCGCACAUCCACCCUGGUGGCCCAGUCACAGAUUGGUUUCAUUGACUUUAUUGUGGAACCCACUUUCCAAGUUCUGACAGACGUAGCAGAGAAAAUGAUCAUCCCACUAGUGGAAGAAGGUUCCAAGAACAAAUCGCCCAGCCAGCAGAGCAGUUCCACCUGGCGUCAGACUUCUGUAGAUGAACAUGCUGAGCUGGGGGACAUCAACGCUGACAUCAAAAGCUUCCGUUCCACCUGGAGCAAGUACAUCCAAGAGAACAAGCAGAAGUGGAAGGAACGAGCUGCCAGUGGAAUCACCAACCAGACAUCUAUUGAUGAGCUCUCGCCUUGCGAGGAAGAGGCCAGCACACCUGAAAACCGGCACAAUCAGAACGGCAAUGUGGAAUAGCGCUGCGUAUGGGAGGAGCAAGGUUUUCAACACAGUUUACUCCAAAGUCUUCGAUACCAUCGACUCAGCACCAUCCGCACAGGGAGGGAGCCCCUCCCCAGCUCGAGAAGGGUGUGACAUGAAUGCGACCAUCAAUACUACUAGUAAUAAUAUUAAUACUGAUAAAUGCAAGUGUUACCGAGUCAACGAUGUCGACAUCACACAGUACACACUGCCUGCCCCAUCCCUGAGUUGCAGAGAGAAUGAAAGACUGAGACUUUCCCCCCACUCCCCCGGUAUAACUUCCUCCCAUCCCUGAGUGCAAGUGGGCAAAAAAGGCCAUGGGUAACGCUGGGACUGAUCACCCAAACAAUUCCCUUUCGUGCCCAACAGCCCAAGUACGGCUUUUCACUGCCAAACCAGCCAAGCGACUGCCAAGGCAACUGUCACUACUUUCUGACCCCCUUUUUAAACAAAGAAUGGCGGUGGCUGUACUGUAGGUGAAGAGUAUGACGAGGGUAUUUUGGUUUGUUUGUUUUUUUAAUCUGAGCACGGCAGGCAUGUAUGCGUCCGAGGGUGGGGACUCUCAUCCCUGCAUGAUGGCCUCUGGAGUAGGCUUCAAGUGUCUGGAUCCCAGCAAUCCUCCACUCCUAAUGAAAUUCUCCCCAUUAGGGCAACAUCCUGCUGUCUCUCUGUCAUCCAGCCUCUUGCAUGGGUAAAGGUCAUUCCUGUGAUGUCGUUCCCACCCCUCCGACCCCCGGUUUUGAAGACAUCCAAUUUUUCAAUUGCUGUGGCAUUAACUCAGAGCGACUCAGAUCUCAAAUGCAUCACCUGUCCCUCCUUUCAGCUUAUAUACUGUGACCAAACACUGAACCUCACCUGCUGUCCCCCCCACCCAAUCAUUAAAUGUUGCCCUGUCCCAACCAGUCACUCCAGCAUCGCAGAGGGAUAAGCAAGUGAAGGCAAUCUCUCUUUUGAAGCAGCUGCUCUUCAGUCCUGGUCUUGAAACUCGGCCGCCUUUCCUUCUCCCCUUCAUAGACUCAAUCCCCGCUAUUGGGAAUUUGCAGUAUGGAGGCCAGGAUGCUUUGGGCCAGCAAGAGAGUUCGCAACUGUUAAGAGCUGACGAGCAGAAAGUUCACACUAUUUCAGUUCAGCCUUCCCCAACUUGGUGCUCUCCAAAUGGGUCGCUCUUCAACUUUUGACCAUUUUUAUUCGGCACGGCCAUCUAGAAUUGACAGGGAUGGCGAGGGAGAGGUGGGUGGGAAGGAGAGGAGGCUAGCUGGCUAGGGGAUGAAGGGAAUUGUAGUCCAACUCAUUUAGAAGGCACUCAGUUGGGGAUCACUGGGAUAGCACUGCGUCCUUUGAGAGAGACAUCACUCUGAUCUGUGUGCACCUCACUGAGAUUGUGGGCUUAGAUGCUCCUUCAACAGAAACCCCAUCUCUCGUGUGUCUAUGGAGAUUCUUAGCCAUCCAGGUUAUGGCUGUCCCAAAGGUCCUUUUUUUAAAAGGCAAUUGAAUUUUCUUGGAUUUUUUUUCCCUUGAAGACGUUUUGCUUCUCAUCCCAGAAACUUCUUCAGUUGUGACGGAACAGUGGAGAGUGGAAGGAUUUAUAUUCCUUAGCAGCCAUCUGGUCACUAGCACUCUGAAGGUCUCCCUUGUGGUGUCCUGCUAACAUGGAUGUUACUCUUCAUAGUUGUGAUCAAGAUGAAAGAGAGAGAUCUCCUGCAGACAAAGGGAGUUCUGAGAAGGGCAUCCCACCAGCAGAAGAGAACAAAAGAUCAGGGUUUAUUUAACCUGAAUCGGGAGCACAGAGUAAUCUUAGGGCUCAGCUAAGUAAUAACAUUAUACUUGUCACCAAGGGUGGAUCAUCUUUCUCUCAAGCUGCAGAUCAGUCCAUAGAUCAUAAAUGUGAAGAUAUAUCUCUCAGGUGUAAAUGAUUGGUUGCUAUUUCAGCCCUGGCACCUCUUUCACAUUUAGCAGCAAAUUAGAACAGAAGCACGGUUUUGACUUGUUGAGGAUCCAUAUUAGAUAAAUUGUGGCUCUAAUAAUCUGGAACAUUGUCAGACUCGUAGCAGAAACUUCUUUGAAGUUCUUCUACAAGAUUCGAGACACGCUUAUUACAUUACUAUUGAAGAGUGAGUUUGGCUAAUUCCCAUUUUGGGCACACUCUCAUUCGCUUAUACUGCUUUUUGCUAAAUUACAGUAGUCUGAGCUGCUGCCAAUAUAAUACUACACAGCUGCAAGUGUACACAGCGAAGAAAUGCUACGGUCAGGAUAAGGGCAUCGGGGUGCAGUGGUAGAUGCCAAGAAACCGCCACAACUUGAGAAAUGGCUUGGAGGACUGUCAAAUUGGGCAUCAAAGCAAUCAUGUGACACUCCAUCUAAUCUGUAGCAGGAAUUUGGUUAGUCCCUGUUCCAAGUACAUCUGCGUGUCUUAGGGCA